AUGGCCACUGCGGGUGAAGUCUACCGACUUUUCACAAUAGUUACAGAAAUUCUGAUGGUCUACACGCUAAUCUUGUCCUUCUAUUUUAACAAAAAGCUCAGCCAAACCUCCCUUAUCCAUCCAAAUCUGAAACUCAUUUUGGUAAGGAAAACUCAACAUCGACAGGCUGAUAAUCAAUGAUUUUCAGCGCAACAUCGCAGUUGUCUACCCUAUCAUCAACAUUGCCAGAUUCGUCUCCUAUGGUUGGACAUUCGUCAUGGAAGCCGAAAUUUUCGCGCCAUAUCAAGCCAACAUAAUAUGUCUGAUUCCUCGGUUUAUUGAAGAAGUUGGAGUUGGUUGCUGUGCAACAUUAAUUGUUCAAAUUACUUUGGAACGGACAGUGGCCACUUUAAUGAGGAAGACUUAUGAGAAAAAAGGGGCGCAGAUUGGAUGGAUGAUCACUGGGCAGACUGUAAGCUCCGAAAGUCAUCGUAUGAUCGGAUUGAAUUUACUUUAGUUGCUGACAGCGUUCACAUUCUCGACAUGCCCCAUUAUUUAUGAUAUUUUCAUUAGCGAGCGUAUGGAUUUAAACAAAGCGUACGUUGGAUGCCGGCUAGAUCAAUUCCACGUGUUUAUGUAUCUGAUGGUAUUUGUGUCAGCGUUUAUUUGCUCCGUUGCAUCGGCCUUGGUAAGCUCUUAUUAAAGAUUUUUUUUAAGUCUCUUAACUCUCGUCUUGUCUAUGAAUAUAAAGACGAGCGCUGUAAAAUUACAGUGGGGGACCUGAUCCAGCGGCAAAAAACGUACCAUUUUGCAUCCGGCAAGCAUCAAAAAUGUGGCAAAAUGCUUCCCUGUCCAAGUGAAAAAACGUCGUUUUGAAGGGCUCGCUCUUUGCCUCGCAAAAUUUUUUUCACUUGGAGAGGGAAGCAUUUUACCACAUUUUUGAUACUUCCCGGAUGUAAAAUGGUACGUUUUUUGCCACUGGAUCAGGUCUCCAACUGUAACUGAAAUUAACAAACCCCAAUUCUAGGUUCUGCUUUACAUCUACUGCUAUUGUCGUUAUCAGCUGGGCAAAAUGGAAGAGAUGAAUCUCUCAACUAGAUAUCAGUACUCGGAAAACAUUUCGUGUAUCAAAGCCUUGUUGCCAUCAAUGGGGUUUUAUUUAUUUACGGCCACUGCUGGCGUCUAUGUCACCAUUUUCGUCUACUCCAACUUUUACACAUACGAGGAAAUUGAGAGAAACCGAGUGCUCAUCGAUGCCCACCUCAUGGUAGGUACUGAGAGCAGGUAAAAUUUAGUAGGAAUCCGUUUUUUCUACUUGCCGAAUAAGUCUGUGCGACGAGAAAUAUCGUCGAAAACAUCCGACCAAAAAAUCGAAAGAGAGAAAAGACGAACCGAAAGGCCUUCGAAGGCGUCACCAAAUAGUCUAGUGGAAAAAGUUCCACGCAUGAAUCUUUUGGCGGUGGGAGGCUUUGUAGGUUCGAGUCCACCCGGAGCGGAUAUGUCCGGCUUGAACCUACGUGUUCAUUAUUGUGUUCUACAGUUACAUAAAAAAUGUUUUUUGUUUAUUGACCUGUUUUGCAAGGUUUGUUGCAAAAUUUUAAGAAAAGUUGACAUUUCGGCAAUAUCUUUGAUAAGCCCGAUGUCGACAUAGUGGUAUUUUCCAGACACUUCUACUCGAUUCUGGAAGGUUGUAUAGGAUCUUGCAGAUCUUUUUCGGUUUCCCAAAAAGGAUGUUGCCAAAAUCUCACCUUUUCAUAAAAUUUUGCAAGAAAAGUUGAAAAGAGAAUUUUUGGGUCCUUGCGUGAGCGUGUAGUAGACCGCGUGAAUAUUUCCGAAAAAAUCGAUUUUGAGUUUUUUGGUUUAAAAUGGCCGUGAACAUAUGUUUAACAAAUGCCCAAAUUAUUUUUGUCAAAUUCUGCCCGGAAGAUAUAAAUUUGCAUAAAUUUGUCUUCUUUGGAACUUCGGACCUGGCGGCAUCAUAAAAAGAGGUAAUGACCAGUGAUUGCCACGCCUUCGGAUGCAAAAAACCUUGUAAAACAGGUUAAACAAAACCUGUAGAAUACAGUAAUGAACACGUAGGUUCAAAUCCGGAGAUGUCCGGCUCCGGGUGGACUCGAACCUCCAAGGCCUCCCUCCCCCAAAAGAUUUGUGCGUGGAACUUUUUCCACUAGACUAUUUGGUGACGUCUUCCAAGGCCUCUCGGUUCGUCUUUUCUCUCUUUCGAUUUUUUGGUCGGAUCUUUUCGACGAUAUUUCUCGUCGCACAGACUUAUUCGGCAAGUAGAAAAAACGGAUUCCUACUAAAUUUUACCUGCUCUUUCAGAAUAUCUAGGUCUUAUUUGCGGAUCCCACGGAUCGUUGGGACCAUUCCCUUGUGAGAUACGACGGCUUUAUCAACCUUUUCCUCAAAUAUUAUAAAAAUUUUAGGUCCUGCACAUUAUUGGCCAGCUGUACGCCAUUGGAGCUAUGACAUGCUUUUUAACCUUCUUUAAACCCUUGCGAAAUGAGGUUGUAAAUGACAUCAACUGUCUGUUACGCAAGAAAUAUGUGGAACCAGACGAAGGCAUGCUGAAAGCGGACGUCGUGAAACGCGAAGAAAACAUCGACCACUUCAAGAUGAUGAACAAGUCAUGGCAAUAA